AUGAACAUCCGAGGUAAAACAUUACAUGUGAAAUACGCGUGGAUCGACGGUAAAAUCGAAGAAAACGUGUCAAUUUCUGUCGAUGAAUCUGGUAAAAUCGUCGGAAUCAACAAGAAAGUUUUCGAUGAAAACGUGCAUUUGAGCAAUCAUUUACUGGUACCCGGAUUCGUGAAUACUCAUUCUCAUGCAUUUCAUCGCCAUUUGAGAGGAAAAUCAGAAAUUGGGAAGUCGGCAGCUGAUACUUUUUGGAAAUGGAGAGAUAACAUGUAUGGAUUGGUGGCAGAGGUUACGAAGGAGAAGAUCUAUCAGUACUGUCUCUCUACUUUCAAAGAAAUGAUAAAUGCUGGAAUCACGUCUGUUGGAGAGUUUCAUUAUGUUCAUCAUUCUGAGCAAAAAUUCGAUUUGGACCAAUCUGUCAUCCAAGCAGCAAUAGACGCUGGAAUUCGUAUAGUCCUUCUUCAAACUCUCUACGAAAGAGCCGGUUUUGAUAGUCCUGCUGUUCAUCCAGUUCAAGAGAGAUUCAUUGCUUCUUAUGAAGAUUUUCUAGAGAAUUUAGAGAAGUUGAGGAAGGAACAAUCACAUCCGAGAGUUCAAAUUGGAGUGGCUGCUCAUUCAGCGAGAGCUGUUCCAUUUGAUAAUAUCAAGAGACUGUUCGAGUAUGCAAGUGAAGAGAGAAUACCAUUUCAUAUUCAUUUGGAGGAACAGCCAAAAGAGAUUCUCGAUUGUCAGAAAUGGAUUGGUCAGAAGCAGGGCCCCAGUGACAUUCUACUUUCCGAAAUGCACUUGAAUGAAUACUUCACAGCAGUUCAUGCCACAUUCACACCAGCUGCUAACAUGGUUCACUUCUCAAAACUUGGAGCAAAUGUCUCAAUUUGUCCGUGUACUGAAGGAUAUCUCGGAGAUGGGAUCCCUCGAAUCAAUGAGAACCUAAAGAUCAGUUUCGGAACAGAUUGCAACAAUCGAAUUUGCUUUUUGGAAGAAAUGCGAUGGGCUUGUUUCUCUCAACAGAUGCUGAAUAACUCUCGAAGUGUUUGCGGUCUCUCUCCAGAAAAGCUUCUUCAAUCUGCAACAAUUGACGGAGCACGAGCUUUAUCUUUGAGCUCAACUGCAGGAAGUCUCGAGGUAAAAAGAGAAAACAAUCACUUCGAUUAA